UUGGAGAAUCAGCAGUGCAUUUCCUUUCCGGGAACAUUCGUGUGUCAGUUGAGCACCAUGGCUGAACGGGGUGAAAAAGGGGCUUUUGUAACCUUGGCGACAAAUGACACGUAUGCUCUAGGAUGUCUAGUCCUGGGAAACUCGCUGAGGCGUGUCAAAACAGUCCAUCAGCUUGUUGUCAUGAUCACAGAUGGUGUUUCAGGAUCAAUAAGGAAUCAGCUUCGGCGAGUGUUUGACUUACUGUAUGAAGUCAACCUUCUAGACAGUAAGGAUGCCUCCAACCUUCAGUUGUUGGGACGACCAGAUCUCAAUGUGACCUUCACAAAGUUCCACUGUUGGCGACUCACAAUGUUCGACAAAGCCGUCUUCCUCGACGCUGAUACUUUAGUCCUAAAAAAUGUUGAUGAGCUGUUGGAUAGAGAAGAAUUAUCUGCAGCCCCGGACGCUGGUUGGCCCGACUGUUUUAACUCUGGAGUUUUUGUGUUCCGACCCUCUGAGGAGACCUAUACAAAUCUGCUAGAUUUCGCAUUAGCUAAAGGAAGUUUUGAUGGUGGAGAUCAGGGGCUUCUAAAUAUAUACUUCAGUGAUUGGGCCACCAAAGAUAUAGCCAGACAUUUACCUUUUAUAUACAACGUAGUGUCACAAGCCUUCUACAGUUACCUACCAGCAUUUACACAAUUUAAACAAGACGUGAAGAUUGUACAUUUCAUUGGAGCCACUAAACCUUGGCAUCACCCUUACAACACAUCCUCAAAGACAGUACAGCCCCUUCCAGACUCUGGUCACAACCAAGAGUUCCUUCAACUGUGGUGGGACAUUUUCAUGUCCCAGGUACAGCCUGCUCUGGAUCCGUCAGUGAACUUAGCCAUCCAGUUUGUGGGGCAGGCAGCGAACGGUCAAACUUAUUCAAUCACCCAGGCUCCAGGCCCCACAUCUGUCCAAGCUGUGUAUCCCUUUGUCCCUCCCAAUGUAGACGUCCACUACACUCCGCCGGAGAUGGACCAUACAGCUGACCCCCACGUUGUCGAUAUUGAUGUUGUUCCCCGUCAGUACUCCCUUCCCGAGGCUCAUUUCGCUGAGAACCCCAUGUCUGUGAUCAAUCCUGAUGCCCCGCCCCUGGGCUCCUAUGAUAUCUCCCAGGUGAUGAAAGCCUGGGGAGACAGUAAUACAGACAGUAAGAGUAGUUCAACUAGUGACACUAAAACAGAGUUACCUGCCCUUGAACAAACUGACGAUAUUCCUGAAACACUUAAAACAGAAGAUGAAACGGGAGGCUUAGUGGCUAAUUUAGCCAGCAUGGCAAUACAGUCCUGACCAGGGAGGAGAUGGAGGAUAUUCUGAGCAAGACAUUAGUGACCAAGAACGCAAACUCAAUUGGGAGAAAGGUCAGAUGGACUAUAUGGGUGCUGAUGCCUUUGAAAACAUUCAGAAAAAAUUGGACGAGACCCUACAAGGUCCAGUUUCCGAGGAAACAGCUUCUACUACGAGUCCUUUCUCAACAAAAUCUAAAUCCUCUGACAAAGAAUAGAUGGAUCAGAGGAUCAACUUGUACGGCUAUUAGUAGAAUAUAUCACUGUCAUCUGGAUGGUUUUAAACAGUAUGGUUGUUGGCAUACACUGUCAUCUGGAGGAGCAAAGCAUUGACGUAUGAGAGUAACAACUAGCACUAGUGAGGCUCAGAACACUAUUUUCGCUAGCUGUAGUAUUGAACACUGCUUGGUCUGAAAUUCCAACAGCUAGAUGUGAAAUUUGACAAAACUUGAUAUACAAACACAAGCUGAUAUUCUCAACACCAUUUUGAUGUGAGUUGUGUAUUAUCACCAUAUGUCCUAUAAAGAUUCUACUGAUUAAGAAUUUAGCACCAUAAGGGUGGUGUCAUACAAAAGUGUACCAUAUGUCUCACUUUCCUUCUACCAGAUUUUAUGUUGGAAAAGUAAGCCACCUUCUGAUCAUGUCACCAAACAGUUUGAAAUGUUACUUCAGUUUUCUAUUGAACUAUAGGGGUAUGCAAUAGAUAAAUAAAUAUAAUACAAAAAUUUUCAGUGAUGGACAGAAAAGAAAAAGAAAAAAAUCCCAAUGGGUUGAUUCGAUAGCUAUAUGCUUUUCGAAAUUGAAUUAUGAUGAAUAGGAACGAUUUUCCUUUGAUGGAAAUAAACCAAAAAAGCAUGCAUAUACUUAUGAUUUAGCAGCAUGGACUUUAUAGCUAUUGAAAAUUCACCAGAAGAAAGUCGUUCAGCCUAGCAGUGUCGCCAACUCACCGGACAUCAUCAGGUCAACCUGAUAUUGGUCAGAUCAUGUCCUGCUCAAAUCAGGAAUCUUCUUGUAGCUCGUGUCAGAAAUAAAAAUUUGAUGUAAUAAAUUUUUUGUCGGUAAGAUAAUGUUUAAGAUAUAGACAGAAUAUCAUUCAAAUAGGGAAACUUCUGACAUCACCAGAUAUCAGAAAUAAAAGUUUUGAAAAUGUAAUCAAUUUCGGAAAUGAAUGCAUAUACAUUUAUAGAAAAUAUAGAAAUAUAAAAAAAAAAAUAUAGAAUAAAUCCAAAUACCUACCAAUUGAAUAGCUGUUAAACUCGGCGACCUUUAAAACACACUUUCACCUUUGAUUUUGAAGAUCUCUUGAUUUUGCUACAACCACAUAUUUGAUGACAGUAAGUUGGUGACACCGUUGAUUAGCUAAGGACAAUGUAAUUAAUAGCCUGAAAAUAUAUGCUGCAGAAAUUCUAAACAGAACAUAUUUCCAUCUGGAUAUAUUAAUACACAUAAAAAUGGCUUAGUUGUCUUUAUGGAAUGAAAUGAUAAUAAGUAACCCCAAUGCUUCCAUUAAUGAGUAAUUUGUUGGAAAACAAAUUAAUGUUAUGUUAUUGUUAGAACAUUAUAAUAUCUUAUUGUAAAUAUAUAUUUUGAAAGUAGUCCUACUUUGUUUGAAUACUGGAGAUGAUAGAUUGUUAAUUGUUAUUCCAAGCUUAAGCAUAUAUUGACUCCUGAGGUUGACAGUGUGGUACUCUUGAAUUCACAGAGCUGAUUGUUAAAAGAUGCUUACAUUUGAAAUAUGGCAGAUAAUACUCGGUAUGUUUGUUUUUAUGCCAUCUGGUAGAAUAUUCAGUCAUCAGGUACCUUCAGCAGACCAGAGUCCUCAUAUUGGGAAGGUCAACAUGUGUUAGAGUACCGUAUUUAUUCUAAUAAACGCCCUGGGGGCGUGAAAUUUUUCAGGGGGGGGGCGUUUAAUGGAGAUGAAAAUUUCAGAGUCGGUAAGUUGUGAGAUCUGUUGUAUGUACCCAUUUCACACCAUGAAACAUGUGUAUAUGUAUCCAAAACAUUGUAAAACUAUGUAUAUAGUUACUGAAACUUUUGUCGUUUGUGUUAGUUUUAUGUUGGAUAUCCUUUAAAUAAUUACCUCUGGACACACGUGGAUGGAUAUAUAACUGUGCCACAGUAAGUUCUUUUUCUCGAAUUGAGGAAUUUUCU